AUGACAUUUUCUUUGCAGAGGAGAAUGGAAAAAUCAAGAAUUAGAAAGUCUGCUAGGUUCAAGAAAGAUAUAAUCAGUGAGUUGCCUCAGAAUUUAAAAGAAACUAUCCUAUGUUUGCUGCCAAUACGAGAUGCAGUGAGAACUGCUAUUCUGUCAAGAGAUUGGAGACACUGCUGGACUACGAUUCCACAACUAGCCUUUGAUGAUAUAUUCCUUGAUAGUGUGUGGGAUAAUUAUUUAGAGCAUUUCCAUGAUGAAGAACUAAAGAUGUUAAAAUUUGUCAGUGUGAUUAAUAAAGUUAUCCUGCUUCACAAUGGCCCCAUUCUCAAAUUCUCCCUCAGUUGUCCUCAGGAUAUCGAUAACGAUACUCUAGUUUUUCAGGAUUAUAUAGAUCAGUGGAUUCCUUUAUUAUCAAGGAAUGGUAUUAAGCAGCUUACUAUAGAGGGCUUUAUGUCUGAACAUUCUACAGCACUGAAUUUCUCUUCGUUGAAUCUGACUCAUUUGAGGCUUGUUGAUUUUUGGUUUCCCUAUACACCUGCAUCGGGAGGACUUACUUGUUUGAAAUAUCUUGAGCUGAUUGAUGUUGUUAUUGCUGAAGAACAUGUCUUCGAUUGUCCUGUGCUUGAGAAGUUGACUUUGGUGAAUUGUGAAGGCCUCUUCCGUAUGAACUUCCGCGCUCCUCAUCUCAAAUACUUUCAUCAAUUGGUUUCGUUUAUGACUCCCGAAAUUUCUUUGGCUGGGUUACAAAACCUUAUACAAUAUUCUUUCUGGCUGUCAAGAGACGCAAUAGUGCACACAAAAGCAUUCAAUGUGGUCAAGGUUCUCAGCUGUUUACCUAAAAUUGAGAAGUUUUCAGUAGGAAUGAAUUUUAUUAAGGCCGACAAGGAUACCAAAGAAGGCGAUCUUGAAGAUUAUUGGAAAAAAGUGUCUCAGAAGAGCAUUGGAGAUCAUCUUAAAAUUGUCAUAUUUAGUCAUUUCAGAGGUCUCAAAGCUGAGUUGGAGCUAGUGCAGUUUCUACUAGGCCACUCGCCGUUGCUUAAAACAAUGUUCAUCCACUGUGGUCAGGACAUAAAUAAGGAUGUAGCAUUGGCAGCGGCAGAGGAGAUGUUGCGAUUUCCUAGGGCUUCAACAAGAGCGGAGAUCAAACACUUGGAACAUGUUGUUGAGGAUAUAUAUUCUAUAUGA